CAGUGUGCUGCAGUGGAAGUGAGCUCCUGAACACACCCUGCUGCUGCCUGCAGAACUACCGCAGCACACCGACAGCACCGCCGGCUCCACACCUCCACCUCCUCCACCACCUCCACCUUCAGCGACAGGACGAGGGACACCGCUGAGCAGUAAGAUGUCUCUUAAUGACAAGGACCCGAUGCCUGCAGUGGGGACACUCUCCCCGGGCCAACUGCAGUCCCACCUGAAGAUGGAACCCAAGACUCUGGGGGCAAUCCAGAUUGUUAUUGGGGCUUUGAUUCUCUGUCUGAGUGCCUCUGUGCUACAGAUCCAUGAGGUCCACUUUACAGGAGAUGUGGCCCUCUUCCUGAUUGUUGUCAUACAGGUGACCUUGUCUGGUUCAGUGUUGGUCCACAGUGGAAGGAGACCUACUCUGUUUUGGGUAAAAUGUGUCCUGGUGCUGCACCUCAUCAGUGCUGCAUUUGCAACUGCUGCCCUGGGUCUCAUGUCCAAACACCUGCCCUACCGCCAGGACUCUUACCACUGUGAACACUGCCGCAGACUGGAGCUACAUGCUGUGCAACAUUGUUUCAGGAAAUGCACCGGGCUGAUCGAGCAAAAGUGUAAACUGUUGAUUGAUGGGAUCCUGGGGACGCUGGUACUCUUCCUGGUGCUGGAGCUGUUGAUAUGCAUCACUGCCAUGCUGUUUGGACUCAGUGUCCUAGCUAAUGGUGGAACCCAGGCUUCCAGCCAGAGGCCUGUCUAUCCACAGUCACGCCCCCCACCUGUUCCAGCUGUUCAGGCUGUUCAGGCUGUUCAGGCAGCUCCAGCUGCAGCCGAGCCAUCUCAGGUGGCUGUUGUUGUGACUGAACCAGAUUCAGAUCAGGUGGAAGACCUCUCCACCCCACCCACUGAACCCCAGGUGGAGCCCAUAGAAUCUGUGACUUCAGAGCCCUGAACUCAACAUACGCUGCUUCCUGUGGUGUCAUGUCAUGUCAGUGAGAGCCUAAUUAUGGAUAUGAAUGGGGAAAAACUUUGGCUGUCAGCCUCGUGGUGGUCAUUGGAAAUCAGUUGUCAUCAAUUUGUCGUUCAGUUUGAUGACUCAUGUAUCAAAGUGAAACAAGUCUACUAAUUGUAGCAGUCCAAGAAAACAAACAUAAUGAGAAUUGGUUAAAAAAAAAUUGACAAUCAGAGCUUGUCAUCUUUUCAUCUCUGGCAUGAUAUGAACACAGAAGCAGUAUUAGUACUGCUGGACUUAUAGUACGGUAUGUUGUGAUUAUGAUAUUGAUGAUUGAUGAUGUAAUGUUUAUUCUUCGAAUACUAAAAUCACUACAAUAUGUAUAGAGUAGAAAGAAAGAAGUAUAAAGAAGUACAAAUAUAAGAGAAGGUACCAGAUUCUCAGUUUUGGUAAUGAGGGGAAAGCGUAGAUCUUGGUCACCUUUAAGAGUAUAUUGAGUAUUUAUUCACUUCACCAACAGUCUGUGCACACUUUGUAUUCAUUGCAGUGAAGGCAGAUUCGUUUGUGCUAUCUUGCCUUUCAAAGAUGUCAAACCUCUCUUGCCUAAAACAUAUUUGAUUGUGUAAUAAGAUUUUCUGGUUAUUGGUUAUAAAACAAAUCUUUUAUUGAGUUUAUGCUGUUUAAAACUGAUUUUAAUGCCAUUCCAGUAUUCAUUGAUGAAAGCAGACAAUCUACUGUAUAUUGUCUAUUCAUUGGUAUUGUUAUAAGACCUGUUAUCUUGAUUAAAACUUAAAGGAGCACUUUAGUGAUCGAGUACUAUCAUAAAGUUGGGGGACACAAACAAGGCAGCAGAGGGCGUAAUAUGCUAACUUUUAGUCCCUAGAAUGAGUCAAGCUCCGAAAACAAUGUAUCCUACACUUCCCAUGAUGCUAAUAAACCUUCCCACCCUGGUAAAUAGCCACUCUCCCAAACUCCAAUAACCCUGUUUGUGAUUUAUUGCACACUCUGUGGAAACAGCUUUGGGGACAAUAAAACCUCCAGAAGUCCAUCUUGCCAAAUUCUCGAUUACAUUACAUGACAGUGAUUGAUUUAAAAUCCACUGUUCACAUACAUAAAUGACAGUCUGGUAACAACUGAGACAACAAAGCCACUUGUGAGGCCAUUUAGACAGGAAGCUUCUAUAAUGGAGUCAAACCACUUACAUGAAUCAAAUUGUCUCUUCCCUCGGGUUGAAUCACAGGAUUUACCAGAAAUAUGCUGAAACUCAAAGGCACACCAGCAGGCCUGUGUCCUCUGUUCCAUAAUGGAGGUUUGUGAGAACUCUAAAUGUCUUGUGAAAAUGCACUUGUAACAACAGUCCUUGUAGGUGCUCCUUGUUCCAAGCAAGCUAGACUAAGUUGAGACUCAAAACAUGAAUAUUUCUAAAAUAGAGGCUGUCCCUGUUCAGAUACAUGUCAGACAUUGUUUUCCUGCACUGACCUGUUAGAAUUGUUAGGAUCCUUUGUGGAAAUCACAGGAUGGCAUGAUAAACUGUAAAUUAAUGUAUGUAUUUUAAUCACAGUAAAAAAAAAAAGAAGUUACUGCUACAGCAAUAAAAGAAUCAGAUCA